CUAUCCCAAAGGAACGCACUGCGGCGAAAGAACGAUAGGAUGGCCACGCUUACAUUGCCUCGGCCUCAAGCACAUCCUCUUAUGCUGCCAACUUCAUGAAUUGGUGCACGACCACCCUCGUAUUCUCAACGGAAGUGUACAGUUUCGGCCAGAAUCGUCUCUACGAACUCGGAAUUGCUGUGGGAUUGUAAAACUUGGGCAUGACGAGAGCCCUGGGAAUGGCGGCCACCUCGGUGAGUCCUGCUUUGAUGAACGUGGCGCGAGCUGUGGAGGCCGGAGCUUCGAGCUGCGAGAGAGUUCAAUGUGCUGUUACACGUAAUAGUGGGGCGAGACACUUGCAUCAGCUUCGCAAAGGCUUUCUUUCUGUACCAAGGCGGCGGUUUCUUCUUGGACUGCAGGGGAGUGCGGCGGUUGGCGAGAUGUUGGGGAUGAUGUUCAGCGUUCCGGCCAGGGCGCAAGCCGCGGGAGUGUCCGAGGCGGAGGAGGUUUUGAAAAAAGUGCAAUGGCCAGAGCAGUUUCCUUUCACGAAAGAAGAUUUCGCACGCUACGACGAGUCUCCUGAUACCGUCUUCUACGAUGCACCCCGCUUCGUCACUCACAUUGACGACCCUGCAAUUCGGGCACUCACGAGGUACUACUCAACUGCUCUCCCACCGUCCAAUACCCCUGGCACCGCAAUACUCGACAUGUGCAGCAGUUGGAUCAGCCAUUACCCUAAGGGCUACAAGCAGGAGCGUAUCGCCGGGCUAGGUCUCAACGAAGAAGAGCUUAAACGCAACGAAGUCCUGACGGAGUAUGUUGUCCGAGAUCUUAACAUUGAUCCAACCCUUCCUUACGCAGACAACUCCUUCGACGUAAUCACCAACGUCGUCAGCGUAGACUACUUGACCAAGCCCCUGGAAAUUUUCAAGGAAAUGCACCGAGUUCUGAAACCCGGAGGUUUGGCGGCCAUGAGCUUCUCAAACCGGUGCUUCUUCACGAAAGCCAUCUCCAUAUGGACAUCCACCGGCGACGUGGACCAUGUUAUGAUUGUGGGAUCAUACUUCCACUACGCAGGUGGGUUUGAGCCUCCGCAGGCGUUGGACAUCUCUCCCAAUCCCGGCAGGAGUGACCCUAUGUACAUUGUUUAUUCUAGAAAAUUGAAAGCUUAGAUCUAGUUCUGAAUUCUUGGUAGUUUCUCCCACUCCUCGUCGGCAGCAUGGAUAUUCCGUGAAUUACUCGUACAUGAUUCCGAAGUAGGUUAUCAGCUUCAAGUAUUAGUUUUGCUAUCGAGUAGAGAAGCGGGGGGGGGGGGAUUUGUGGACUAAUCAGCUAGAGUUCUCAAAGGCAGGGUGAUCAUGGAUGGAUGUGACACCUGCAAUCGAAGAGAUUGUAUACUUUGAACUGAGGUCUGCAAUGAAGAAGUCGGCAGUUGGCUAGCGUAGCCUUUUUUUUUAGUGAGAGGAAUUACCCCAUGCGUGUGUUGAAAAAUGUACUAAAGCCAGUGUUCGUUGUGUGAA